AUGGGGCUCUACAAACGAAAGAUCACCGUGUCGGACGAUACCGUCACCUCAGCGGUGCACUUGACGCUGAGGCAGUCUCUCGUUCCGAAUUUCUUGGUCACAAUUUUAUUCUUCCUAUGGGGCUUCGCAUACGGCCUCCUCGAUGUCCUUAACCCACAUUUUCAAAAGUCUCUCAACAUCACCCCAUCAAAAGCCUCAGGUCUCUCCGCUGCUUACUUUGGAGCCUAUUUUCUCUGCCCACCAACCAUCAGCGGCUGGAUUCUCCGGAGAUGGGGUUUCCGCGUAACGUUCAUGUGCGGUCUUUGCACCCUCGCCGUAGGAUGCCUGCUUAUGUGGCCGAGCGGACUGAAGCAUUCCUUUGGCGGCUACUGUGGCAGCAUGUUCGUUGUCGGUGCCGGGUUAUCCACCCUCGAAACGGCCGCUGACCCAUUCUUAUCCAUCUGUGGCCCGCCCAGAUACUCCGAGAUCCGUUUGAACCUCGCGCAAGCAGUUCAGGCAGUUGGUUCAUUCCUGGCGCCCCUUUUGGCCUCUCGGGUGUUCUUUGCCAAGACUGUUGAUACAGAGCAAGGGCUUAAGAACGUGCAAUGGGUAUAUCUUGCAGUUGCAGGUUUUGUGGGCUUGCUCAUAAUCCUCUUCUUCCUGGCGCCCAUGCCCGAGAUCACGGAUGCAGAUAUGGGAACCCAGGAGAUGGAAAUUGCAGAGUAUGAUCCUGGACCAUUCCGCAAGCAAACCAACCUUUUCCUUGCGGUGUGGAGUCAAUUCUGCUACGUAGGAGCCCAAGUGGCUGUUGCAAAUUACUUUGUGAAUUUCUGCGAGGAGGCUGGAAAGGACGCGUCUACCAGUUCCGACAUCUUUGCCGCUGCCCAAGGUCUUUACGCCUUCAACCGAUUCCUCGCUGGGGGCCUGAUGACCAUACCCGCUAUCAAACCCCGCUACGUCCUUGCUACUUACCUUGCGAUGUGUUUCGUCUUCAUCCUCGCAGCCUCACAAAGCCACGGCAACGCCUCAAUUGCCAUGCUCUGCCUUGUCCUCUGCUGGGAGUCGGCGUGCUUCGCCACGAUCUUCACACUUGGUCUGCGUGGUCUUGGGCGGCACACCAAGAUCGGGGGCUCGUUAAUCGUCGCCGCUAUUUCAGGAGGUGCUGUGUUCCCGCCCAUGACUGGCGCGGUGGCUACACAUCUCCAGAACACGGGAAGUGAUAAGCCCUUCCAUAUGGCGAUGUUGAUCCCUAUGGGAGGAUUUAUCUGUGCAUGGAUUUACCCGUUGUAUGUUAAUAUCUGGAACAGGGAGACGAUGGAUGUACGACGUACGACGGAUGUCGGGAUCGCGCCGCCGCCCACAGAUAAGGAGUAUGAUCUUGGGCAGACGGAUUCGCAUGCGGAGAAGGCGGCCGAGGUCUCUGCAGUGGAGAGUGUUAAGACGAAAUAA